AGUUGGGUACCAUAAGAGCCAAUCGGCCUUUAGACUCUUGUGCCAUGGAUUUGAAGGUGUUGCGAUGGUUUUCAGCUCAGUCUCCGACACCUCCCGUCGCCGCAUCGCAACGCCAUGGCUGCCUUAGCUACCAAGUCCGCCAAGGAUGCCUCUAGCAAUCAGAGAAGAGAUCCCAGCUCUGGAAAAGAGCCGGGGAGUUCGUCGGCGGGAGGCUCGAUGGUGAGCGUCGCGGACUUGAGCGAUCCUGAUUUGCUGUUGCCUUCCGUGCUGCCAUUCAAGCGAACGCAGCUCACUGACCGGUAUCCCAAGGGUCACUCUCGAGGGCGGCACUGGAAACACCUUAAGCAGAUCAUCCAGGCUGAGAAUUAUCAUUUGCAUCCUGCAGAUGAGCCUUCUUAUGUAAGCAUUGAAGCUCCACCUUCUAUGUAUCCCGCAAAAAAAUACUGCGACAUCACUGGUUUCGAGGCACCUUACACAGAUCCGAGGACCAAGCUGCGUUAUUCCAAUGCGGAGGUGUUCAAGAAGAUUAGAUUUCUACCGGAUGAGCAAAUUCAAGGCUACCUUUCUCUUCGAAAUGCCGCUGUUGUGCUGAAAUAAAGAUUGAAGAUUGAACUUGGAUUCAGUCUCAUUAGUUACCCCUAAGAUUUUUUUUUAGAAACUGAAUCGACGUUGUAAAUAGUUUUCUGCAACCCAUUGUAAGAAGAAUAUAUUGUCGUUGUAGAUCUUCUCUUUUUAAGGGUUACAGGAGGUAACAAUUCAGUGGCUCUGUAUGCGAAAGCCAUUUUUCUAUUUUCUGCUCAUCUUUCACUGGUCAUGUACAUUCUGGUGAAUUAGUCGUAAUUUAUGAAAGUAGUUUAUAAGAAGGUUUGCAGUA